GUUUCACAUAUAUUAGUAUGGCAUUGCUUCAAUCAUCACCGGCAACGAAUUCUAAUCGACACUUGUCUUCGCACUCCAGCUCUCCCAAGCAUGAGAAAAAAACCAAAUAUUUCACCUCACCAAAUCGAUUCGUUGUUUUGUCAACGGCCAAUGAUGAGCUGGCAUCGGACGUAUUUACGUCUAACUCCAAUGCUACAGAGCGCGAGCAACUACCACCAAGUCAAAACGUACUGAAGUCCUUUCAUAUGCCGGCGAUUUACGUAAAGAACAUCAGAAACUUUUCUGAGUUUCAUAAAAAAUUAAUACACCUCACGGGUAUUAAUGAUUUUUCUUUGAUCACACAGCCUCAUACAAAGGAUGCCUAAUUCGCAAGAAAUUGGUACUAUCAAAUAAAAAAAAAACAAAAAUGCCAGAUACUCAAAGGCAAAAAGCUCGUACUCGUCAUCAUGGCAACAACACCAAAGUGGGUCCAACGUAUGCCAACAUAUCUUCAGAGCAACCAACACACACUAUUUCUGAUACUAUAUCUACAUUUCUGAUUGAAAUAAAAAUCUUAUUAAACCCUCUACUUUCCCUUUUCACCGUCCUAAUAAACAAACUCACAACGAAUUCCCCAUAAAUUAUCACAACCAAUUACCAACAAUUGCAUUCAACCUAUUUAUGUAAUCUAUACGCCCUUAUCUUUAUA